UUUGGGGAAAAAUCGUCAAAAAUAGUUGAUACUGUAAAAAAAUAUUUAGCAUGAUUUAGUAGGGAUAUCCAUUGAAAACGAAGACAAACGCUGUCUCUGGAUAAAGAAAAACAAUUCAAAUUUUUAUUUGUAUGGAAGAGAUACAAUUGCAAAAUAUGAAAGCCAAUGGAACCGAUACUGAAAAUGUGCAAAAACAUCGUUUUAAAAAGGUGGAAAAGAAAGCAAACCACAUGUUGCUGAUUAUGAUGGGAGGAUUAACGGUUGCUUCGAUAAUUUUAGUGUCAUGCAGUAGAAUACCAAAAAAUACCAAACCUUGUGCCAUAAAAGAAGCAAUAGAAUCAUUGAAAAUCGAUUUCACCGUAUCCUGUAAAUAUGAGGACGUUGAGGAAAAUAUCAAAAGCAUGUUAAUAAUAAGUUGGAUAUCUUUUGCCUUUAUUUGCAUCUGGCUCCUUCUAGUUUUGUGCUUGUCCUUCGUCCAAACUGAAAGACGAACUUGGUUUAUAGCCGUAUAUGUUAUCUUUGCUCUGGUGUCCCUUGGAAUAUUUAUCCCGCUGUUGAUAUUUUCAAAGAAAAUGAUGGAUUCCAAAUCAUCACAACAACAUUUGGAUUAUGGCACAUUAAAGAAAAUGAUGCUAGACUCGCUUACACAAAAUUUUACCUCUGAUGUAAUCACAAACAGUGGUACUGUUUCAGACAGAUGGAACAAGUUUUUUAUUAAGUACGACUGUUGUGCUGUAAAUCAAGUACUAGGCACAACUAAUGACUUUGACACGACCCCCUGGUGUACAACAUCUGGAUCCUGUCAAGAGACGAAUUCUCAGAUUCCGAAAACCUGUUGUAAAGAUGUCACUGAAUAUGACUACGUUAAUGCAACUAAAAGUUGUCAUGCGAAUGUUAACUUUGGAUCGUAUAAAGAUAGCUGUUUUAGUCGUGUGAAAAAACUAAGUGACAAUACUUCUAUUCAGGAAUAUCAGAUUGAUGCGAUAAUUAAUUUGUCCUUCGUCUUGGCACUAAUGGCGAUUGUGGUAAUUCUACAAGUUAUUGUGAUGACUGUACAUUGCUUCCUGUCUUAGCAGGAAAAAAAUGAGAAAAGUACUGUAGAAUGGAUUGAUGCGAAACAAAAUUGAAAGAAAACAGUUUUGUAUCAUAUUAUAAUUGAAACUUAUGUGUAAAUCA